AUGGGGAGGAGAAAAGGUAUCAGUUAUUCAGUUGGCUUGCAGGAGGGUCCAAUGGUGUUCCAAAGUGUAGUCCUUUUUCUCUUCAUGUCCUCACUCAUUUUCUCUUCAACCAUCACCACUGCCAUUGCUGCCUUGCCAAAACAGCAAGAGCUAGAUCGAAUUUCAGCACUGCCUGGACAGCCACCAGUAACAUUUUCUCAAUUUUCUGGCUACGUUACGGUCAACGAGCAACCUGGACGAGCUCUCUUCUACUGGUUGACAGAAGCCACUGCUUUUCCAGAAAAGAAACCUCUUGUUCUCUGGUUUAACGGAGGGCCAGGUUGUUCAUCGGUGGCAUUUGGAGCAUCAGAGGAAAUUGGGCCAUUUAGGAUUAACAAGACUGGUUUAUCACUUUAUCUCAAUGAGUAUUCAUGGAAUAGAGAAGCAAAUCUUUUAUUUCUUGAAUCGCCGGCUGGUGUUGGUUUUUCAUACACAAAUACAAGAUCCGACCUUAAUAAUUCCGGAGAUAAACGGACUGCUGAGGAUGCUCUAGUAUUUCUAACUAGAUGGAUGUCAAGAUUUCCACAAUACAAACAUCGAGAAUUCUACAUUGCUGGGGAGAGCUAUGCUGGGCAUUUUGUUCCCCAGUUGGCAGAGAAAAUUGUAGAAUAUAAUAAGGCACUCUCGCAACCUAUCCUCAACCUUAAAGGAUUUAUAGUGGGAAAUGCAGUUUUUGAUUAUUACUAUGACGAAAUUGGAACAAUAGAAUAUUGGUGGAGCCAUUCAAUGAUAUCUGAUACAAGAUAUCGAUCAGUUCUCAAGAAUUGCGAUUUCAAGGUGGUAGAAAGUGAAAGACCACAACCAUGUAAACAAGCAAUGUACCAUGCCACUACGGAGCUUGGAAACAUAGAUCAAUACAGUAUUUAUACACCAACUUGCUUGGCAUCGCAUGAUAAUACCAUGAGCCCUAUAAGGUUCAAAAAUACUCUAUUGCGUCGAAGGCUUUCUGAGUACGAUCCAUGUAGUGCAAAUUAUGCUGAGAAGUAUUAUAAUCGGCCGGAAGUACAAAAGGCAAUGCAUGCAAAUGUUAAUGGAAUUCUUCGCAACUGGACUGUUUGCAGUGAAGUUCUCGGAAUCGGACCAGGCAAAAUUUGGACAGAUUCUGAAUUUUCUAUGUUGCCAACAUACAAGAAGUUGUUUACAGCUGGUUUACGAAUCUGGGUUUUCAGUGGGGACACAGAUGCAGUAGUUCCAGUGACUGCCACUAGGCUAUCCCUCAGCCAUCUCAAUCUCACCAUUAAAACUCUGUGGUAUCCAUGGAACGAAGAUGAUCAGGUAGGAGGAUGGACAGAGGUCUACGAUCAGCUAACUUUUGCUACAGUGAGAGGGGCUGGCCACGAGGUUCCACUAUUUCAACCCAAGCGAGCACUCAUUCUUUUCAAAUCUUUUUUGGCAGGGAAGGAAUUGCCAAUUUUACCUGGAUAUGAGAAUAUAGAUUAUUGAUUAUGGAAUUGCCAAAAUUUCCUGGAUAUUAUAACUAAAGAAAAUUGAUUAUCUUUGA